AUGACGAGCCGUCGCCGUGACGUGCGGCACUGCCCGACUUUCCCGUUAUGCAUCCUUAUCCUUUGCCACGUGGCAUCCACGUGUCGUGCGUGUCUUCCGCCUAUGUUCUCGGCAGCAGCAAACGGCACCCCUCCAAACCCUAAUUGGGAGAUCGACUUUGACUGGCUGAGUAACGAGAACCAAAUCGCCAUGGCGCGAUUCGCCGUGGCACAGCACAACGCCGCCAAGAACGACAGCCUACAGCCAGUCAGAGUUCUCGAUGUGUACCGCCCGAGCGCAGGCAAUGGCAGCGCAGGCAACUCAAGCGCGGGCGGGGAGGAGUACCUUGUGACACUGGCGGCUCUCAACCUGAUGCGCGGCCGCACUGCCUUCUUCGACGCCCUCCUCUCCCGCCGCCCUCUCGAGGCCGCGCAAUCCGUGCUCCCUGCUGCUGCCCCUCCGCCAGCAUCAGCCACAGCAGCAGCAGCAGCAGCAGCAGCAGCAACUGCACCCACCCCUGCGGCAGCGUCCGUUGCAGCAGCAGCAACAGGAGGAGGAGAGGGAAGAGCGGAGGGAUGGGAGUACACGUUGAGGUCGUGGGUGCAGCAGGCAGGGUCGGGGCAUGUGAGCACGCGGGAGGAGCAGGAGGCGGCGCUCAGGCACGUGGUGCCGGUGACCCCCCCUUGGUGUGGCCACCUGUUGACUUACGUUGACCCCUCAGAUGUGGACGUGCAGCGCGUGGCACGAGAGGCGGUGGCGAGUGCGAAUAAGAGACAGGGCAGUGCGCUGCUGCUGAUUUCGGUGCUGGAGGCACAGUUGAUGAUACCCGGGUUCAGAGAAUACACGCUCACACUGCUGGCAGCAGAUAACACCACCCGCAUGGUGGCACACUAUGCCACGCACGCACUAGAUCUAGGGCUGACGAACAACAGUGACGCCACGCCUGAAACGUCACAGAGGGGGAACGCGAGUGGGAGGAGUUUGGUGAAUGUGACGGCGUUUGCGGUGGUGGCGGGGACGCAGCGGAAUGCAACAGCGGGGGAGAUGGGCGUGGCGGCAGCAGGGGGGUGUGCCGGGAGGAACGCGAGCAGCAGCAGCAGCAGCAGUGGCGGUGGUGGCGUGUUGCAGUGGGACUUGGCACGGGCCAUGGCAGGGGUGUGUGUGGAUGAGGGGUGGGUGCUCAUCCCUGCUGCUGCCACUGCUGACAAUUCAACGACUCCCACUGCUUCCUUCAAUGCCUCCUCCAAUGCCUCCUCUAAUGCUUCCUCUAAUGCCUCCAUUACCGCCCCCUAUACCGACGCCUACAAUGGUUUCUCCAUGCGCUCCCUCGCUCUCUUUGCCCUGGAUGAAGUCAAUCAGAACAGCAGCCUCCUCUCCAAUGUGACUCUGCUGGACGUUAUUGUAGCGAGGGCGAAUGUGGUGGAGGGAGCAGGGAUCAACUACAGUGUGACUGUAACAGCAGUGGUGGAUUCAGCAGCUGCAGCGACGGCACCGGCAGCAACGGCACAGGAAGCACUGCUGACGGUGCCUGGAAGCAAAGCCAAGGCAGUAGAGGUGGGUGCAGCAGAGAAAGGGGCGAAGAAGCGAGUGGUGGUGGUGAAGGUGGUGGUGUGGCAGGCGGUGCCCUUCACGGCUCAGCGCCUGGUUGACUUGUUCGUGGUGGAUGGGGGAGACAGUGGUGAGGGGAGUGGGAAGCAAAAGCAGGAGGGCGUGUUGCUCACUGCCUGUGCUUCCCCACCCCCGGGGCAUGUCCUCCUUGCUAACUGCACCGCAGUGCCCAAGGCUGGCUAUUCUUCUGUAGUUGCACCGAUAGGAUUUGUAACAUUGCUUCGUGUGCUUGUCUCCCUUUGCCUUGUGCUGGCUCUCAUGUAG